CUCGUGGGGUUGGGGGUUUGUGGGUUCACCCUCACUCAGGUUCCCUCUCUGGGAUUUCCAGGUGGGGUGACUCACACAGGCAGGUGACUUGCUCUUCUCUGGGUCCUGUCCUCCCUCUGGGUGGGGAGUUCAUUUUUGGGGGUGCUGGCAGCAGUGCUGGGGCAGAGACUGAUGCAAAAUGGGUCCCAGUGGGAUGAGUGGUGCUGGGCCCAUGACUGGUGGUAGCCUGUGGGUCCCUGUGGGGCUCAGUAUCACUCGGCCUUGGGCUUUUCCCUUUAGGAUUUGGCCACCAAGGGGCCAACUGGUGUCCCCUGCUUGGUGAAGAGAAAGGCAGCCGAAGUAGUGGCAUUGGGUGGGGAGGAGCCCAGUGUCUCUCAUGGAAUUCAUUGCAUUUUUGGGUACAGGCUGCCCAGGUUCCUCUGGCUCUCAGCACCGUGUUUGAGGGUGGGCUGGGGGCCCUGCAGGAGGAUCCUGCUUGCUCCUGCACCCCCAAGGUGCCUCCCAGGGCUCACAGAUGGCCUGGCUUAGGAAAUCCUUGGGGAUGGGGAGGUGUUUACCGCAAGGGGUCAGAGCCAUCAGGGAGCCUCCCCAUUUCACAUGGUUUUGUGUUUUGUGCUACUGUGCCCUGGUCUGUUGUUUUGCUGAAGGUGGUGGGUGAGUAGACAUGGAAACACCUGUGGAAGCCACAGCCAGGUGGUGGCAUGGAGGAACAUUGUGUCCAACAGGAGCUCUUCAAAAACAUGUGGGACACAGUGGUGAUGUGGGCAUGGGGUCCCAAAAAGCCUGACAGGUGCUGGUGGGUUUUGGGGAUCUCCUGACCUUCAGCACUCCUUCCCAGGAGACUCCAAGGUCCCUGGGGAUGAGGAAGCAAACAGCAGUGUGCUGAGCAAGGAGGUGGAUUCAGUCCUGUGGCACAGCUGGCUCAUGGUGGCAUUGAUGAAAGGGAGUCUUGACUAGCCCUGGCAUGGGGUGUUGAGGUUAAAUGGGGUGGGCAGAUAUUUUUGGGGGUCAGAGGACACAGAACUUUUCCUUGAGGGGAGUACUUUCCUUCUGGUAUGGAGGUGUGGGGGUGGUUCUCCCAGUCAACUUGCAAGCAGUUGGGGGACACUGGGGUUGUGUUUUGGGGGCAGGGGCAGCAGUCCUGAAAUUGGGGUGAUGGGCACUGGGCACAGACUGCCCUCUCCAUGAACACACUGAGUUAGGUCAGCAUGGCCAUCUGCCAAGGCCAGGCCUUCAAAGGUCAAUGCUAGGAGCUACCUGGACUACUGGAAGGGACUUGGAACAAGAUGAUCUUUAAGGUCCCUUCCAACCCAAACUAUUCUGGGGUUCUACAAUUCUCCCUGCUGGAGUAGAGGUGAGGACCCACCUGGGUGGGUCCUGGUCCAGCUCCUGCAGGUUGGGGACCCCACAGUUGGAGCUGUGGUACUGUGUACAGUGGGGUGUGAUGGCCACCACUCUGCUUCAGGGUUAACAGUGAGGGAGAUGCUGACCCAGCUUUGUGCUCUGGUCCAUCCUGGGGUCACUCUGGAGAUGCUCCUGUGUGAGUGCCAGGGCCAGCUUCUCUGGGGAUCUGAGGUCAGGGGGUUUUGCUGUUAUUCAGGGUGAGGACUCAGAUGGGUGAGGGAGGGACACAUUCAGCAAUGGGGCUGGACCCCCAGGCCCCCUCCUCCUGGUGUCCCAUGGGGUGUGGGACAGUGUCCAAAUCAGAGGGUUCAAUGUCCACAUCAGAGGUCCAGGCAUUGUCCCCUAGGCAGGGAAGAGAUGGGGAAAUCUGUGCCAGGAACAGCCUGUCAGGGAGCAGGAUGGGCAUGCAGGCCUUGGAAAGCCCCCAGACUCGCAUCUUGGGAGAUGGAACCAGGACUCACCUGGAGCUCAUUUCUCACAGGGCAUUGAGGAGGAACCACCAGGCAUUGGAGGGGUUGAGGAUGAUGAGGAGAUGAAGGCAGUGUCAGUUGUUGGCCACCAUCAGCAGCACCAGGGGAACGAGACCUGGGGAAGGACAAAUACAGGGGGGAAUUUGGGGUGAAAAAAUGACUUGUUAGGUAUAUUUAACUUGUAAAAUAAGUGUGAGUGGCAAACAUGGACCUGUCUGUAUUUAGUCAGGAAACCAGGGAGGAAAACAGAUCUGGGUGCUGGUGAGGGCUGGGCCCUCUGACACCCAGGCAGUGACGGCAUGUGGCGGAUGUGGGAGGGAGGUCCUUGGCAGGGCUUGGCUUCCCCUCCCUGCAGUCCCGGCCUAUUUACCCUGCCUGUGCUUUCACAUUCCCCAGCAGAGGCUGGAGCUGCUGGCAGCUGGGGGCACCUGUGUGUUCAGGGAGCUCCUCCACUCUGUCCCUGGGGAGGCAGGUAAUCCCAGAAGAUCUUUCUUUGCCAAACUCAGGGGCUGAUGCAUCCCCUUCCCUGCUCUGGUGCCGGACUCCUGCAUUCCAGGAUCCUUUUCCCACUGGUGGGAAUGAGGGUUUCUCCUCCCCAUUCUCUCUUGGCCUCGCUUGCUGCAGGUGUGUAUCUUCAGUGGAGAGAGCCAGUAACAGGAGAGGUGUCCUGCUGGCAAUCAGUGGCUGAGCAGUGUGCUGCCCAUUAUGGCUGGUUGGUUUAGGAGGCUCCUGCACAAACCCAAGCCCAGCUCAGUGGAAAGCCUCAAGUCCAGCCACUCUGGUUCAUCCUCGCCUUCCUCCUCCUCCUCAUCCUCUGCCAAGAGCUCCAGCUCUUCUCCUGGCACAAGCCUGGCCACCAGCUCCAUCUCCCUGUCACCUGUGUCAGCAGUGGACAUCAGUGCCUCGGACAGUCCCCGGUGGGACAAGAGCUAUGACGUCUGCAUCUGCCACAGCGAGGGGGACGUGGAGCUGGUGUCGGAGCUGGUCUCCUACCUGGAGGGCCAACCUGAGAGCUUUCGUUGCUUCCUGCAGCUGCGGGAUGCGGCGGCGGGGAGCGCGGUGGUGACAGAGCUGUGUGACGCCGUGCAGAACAGCCACUGCUGGGUCAUGCUCAUAACCCCCAGCUUCCUGCAGGACCCCUGGUGCAGGUACCAGAUGCACCAGGCCUUGGCUGAGGCUCCCAUGGCCAACGGACGCACCAUCCCAGUGCUGAAGGACGUGGAUCACAAGGACUAUCCCAGGGAGCUGCGGAACAUCUACUACAUCUACAUGGCGCUGAAGGAGAAGAGCUUCAGGCAGAUCAGAGACACUGUCAUGUGCUACCUCCGGGAACUGUGCCGGAGCUCCACAAAAAGCAUGGAGUAGUGCUGGGAGCAGGCAGAUGCAUCCCCAUGGGCAUCAUGGAGCUGUCGCCGUUGAAUCUGGGUGUUGGCAUGUCCCAUUGGACCUUGAGGUCAAACCUGAGCUGCUCAGAGCAGACCUGGGACCAAAGAUAGGGAGUUCUCCACGUCCAUGAGGGACAGCAGACUGGAGCCCGCCACAUCCCAGUGGGCAAAAUCUCCUCGGGGGGAAAGAGACAUUCAUCACACAAACACUAAGCUGUGGUACCGGGUGGUUCUCGGGGUCAUGAGAGCUCUUCACUGCACUGGCAUUCUCUGUCCUGAGGACUCUGGAAACCCUACUAAACUGACUGGGCGCCUGCUGGGCGCCUGUGGGCAGGACAAGAUAUGAGGCAGGCAGCGACGCUGCACGGAAUUGACGCAACUACGAAAAUGCAGAAGUUUUAAAUUUU